UGUGUUCUUGGCUAGGCCCCCGGUUCUGGCGUUUGCCGUCCGCCAGCGGGAUGCUCGCCACAUUCGCUCGUCGGCUUUACGCAGUUAGUUACAUAUAUUGAGAGUAAUUCAAGCUUCAGCAUUAGUUUAUUUUUGGAAAUCACAUCAAAAUGAAAUCAAUCAUCAAAAUAACUUACAUUAAUUGGCGCAAUCGAGACGCACGGGCAAGUAACAUCAAAGCCUAUGAAACAGAUGAUUCUGAGUUCAAAUCUCGGUAAGGACAUUUAUUUGUGUGAUCAGCACGGAUAUUUCUUCCUGCGUUGGGUGUUUUCUAUGUAUUUAAGUUUUUACAUAUUCAAUACUAUCGUUGUCGGAUUAUCCAAAACACAAGCCUUCUUUAGCUCUCUGUGGGGCUUAGUCAAUUUGUGUAAUAAUGACAUAUAAUAUUUACUUAAUUGAUCAUUUCGAUAUCACUUUGAUAUCACAAUGUAAGUUUAAAUUUCCCUUAUCUCUAAGACAAAACAUGGAAUGUCACAGUCUAAACUUAUUUCACGUUAACCGUUUUCUUUCUGCCUGUACUCCUAUCUUAUCUGCGCACUAUCUAUAAAUACUACCUCCUAAACUACAUAAGUAGAGACUAGUAUCUCACUCACUUUCAUGUUAAACAUGAUUCAAAUGAUUACGGUUUCUCUGUUUUAUUGCGUGAUUACCUUUACGUUUGAGAAAAUUAAUUAUUCGGCGGUCCAAUGACAAUGGAUAUGGUUCGCAGCGCAAUGAUGCUAAAUAAUCAAGAAUUAUCUGGGGAAACUGAAGUUGAGCCAUUGGUGAAACCAGGCAUCUACCAUUACCGAAAUCGGUCAAAUCAUCACAAACCCUACAAAUACAAGCACUACUAUAAACGCGCCGUCUUCAAAAAUGGUGAAUUUAACAUCGAAAAGUUCAACUCCAAAAAGCUUCGAUUCUUCACCACCUGGUUCGUCACUAUGGUCAAAGCAAGAUGGCGAUGGACUCUGUUAAAUUUCGUCAUGGCUUUCAUCAGCAUCUGGUUGUUCUUUGGAUGCUUGUACUGGCUCAUUGCUAUGGGGCAUGGCGAUUUUAAUAACAAUGAAAUUGUAAACGGGACCGAGUGGACUCCCUGCAUCAGAGAGAUAUACAAUUUCACGUCAGCAUUCCUCUUCAGCAUUGAAGUUCACACAACAGUUGCGUAUGGACAUAGAAAGAUAACUUUGGAAUGCCCUGAUGCCAUAUUCACUAUGUGCAUGCAAUGUAUCGUUAGCACUAUUUUCCAAGCAUUUAUGAUUGGAAUAUUGUUUGCUAAACUAACUAGACCUAAAAACAGAACACAGACAAUUCUAUUCAGCAAGAAUGCUGUCAUUUAUUCUAAGGAUGGUAAAAUGUGUGUAGUUUUCAGAGUUGGUGAUAUGAGGAAGUCUAGAAUACUUAAUAUAAAAGCUUUAAUGUAUAUAAUAAGAAUGGAUCGUGACGACAUUUUAGAUGAAUUUGAACAAAUUUCUCUAAACGUGGAACUAGAUGGAUGCGAAUCUACGUUCUUCCUAUGGCCUGUGUCUGUUGUUCAUGUAAUAGAUAAAACUAGUCCUUUUUAUAAUAUUUCUGCGCCAGACUUACUGAGUGGUGGUUUAGAAGUUUUAGUAGUGUUCGAAGGUAUAAUUGAAUCAACUGGCCAACCAGUACAAGCUAAAUCAAGUUAUACUUCAAAUGAGAUUUUGUGGGGACAUAGAUUUGUGCCAAUGAUUGAUUUCAAUUAUGAAAAGAAUGUAUAUAACGUAGAUUUUUCUAAAUUAGGUGAAACUGAAGAAAUAGAUACUCCGUUGUGUUCAGUUCAUGAAUAUGAAAGUAUUUUAAGAGAGAAUAGUAGAGAGAUUUCUCUCCUGACGGAUGAUGUGCUAAGGGAGCGGUCCAAUGUAAGUUAGCUAGAAUAAUGCAACUGACAUUAAAAACUUGAUGAGUGUGAUGGAUGUUGAACUAUCUAAGUUCAACAUUGAUCAAGUAGCGCAGUUCAUAACGAAAUAGUAGCAGAGAUUGAGUGAUAGAAGCGAACGACGAAACUGUUGAGUUAAAAUUAAAUCAUGGUUAAUCUGACUUAGGAUAAUGCCUUACAAAACAAACUAUACAGCUGCAAAUUGGAUCGAGGUGUAGGUUUCAGUGUCAUGAAGCGAUUUAAUAAGUAAAUGUUAAUUUGGCCUUAACUAACGAAGGGCAAUUCAUAGGAAAAAAUCAAACGGCAAUGUAUUUCAUACAUAGUCAUUAAAGUUUGUGAUAGUUGUGACGUCACGUUAGUAAGUACGUUUAAUUAUGUUACAAAUAAACAUAAAGGAGUAAUUUUGAUUUCAUGUCGAUCGCUUCAGCAUGAUUUAUUCUAGGUUUAUAAGUUUUCCUUUUUUUUUUAAAUUUGUAAAAAAAAAAAAAUCUUUCAAAAAGCGAAACCUAUGAACUUAGAAUAAAUCAUGCUGAAGCGAUCGACAUCAAAAUCAAACUGAUUUGUUAAAAUUUCGUUAGUGGAAACCAUUUUCUCCCGAAAUGGAAUAUCAUAGAAAAAUUACCGUUAUUUCGUUAGGAUCUCAAACCUAUUCCUACCUCUUACACACUUACUAUAAACACAGUGGUUACCCCAGCGUAAUUUCCUUAAACAAAGUUACGGUCAAGAAGGCGGUAUGAAGGAUAAUUAAUGACUACAGGCCUAUUUAUCCGAAAUGGCAUACGUUCAAAGCAAAACACGUCACUUACGACCUUUUAAUGAUAGUGAGCAAGUUUCAGUUAGUUCCGAAUUUAAUUAAAUUGUUAGAUCGAAUUGUGAAUGAAAACAUUUAGGAGUUGAAAUGGAUCCCAAUGGUUGGCUUGGUUUAUAGAUAAAUGUGUUUUCUUUGUUGUUGAAGAUAAUCGUUUAAAUUACGUUUAGAUAUUAAUAAUUGCUUUACACUUAACAUAACGUUGUACGGAAGAAAAAUAUAUAUGUUCAUUUAGAAACGAAGAAUACCACGUCCAUACAAAAAGAGAAAAUGUGUUUCCACUUCUAUAUUUUCCAUUCUCGAUGAUUUUUUAGUACUCGUAUGUUAUUGACACAAUGAAAAACUAGGUUUAUAGGUUUGCCUUUUUUUCAAAAUUUGUAAUACAUUUUUUUAAGCGAAACCUUUAAACUUACAAGGAAAGGUACCCAACUGUCCGGUUUCGAUUUGAUUUAUAUUCAUAUAUGUUAUAGAGUAGUCUAAAAUAACGGACAUGUAUUUUUUUUUAGCUGCCCAAACUCAACCUAUUGGGAGAAAUUGUCCUCCAAAGUACUAAAAAGUUAAAUCUUCUAACUGAUAUAGAAAGUGAUGCUCAAGCAACUUGCUAGUUAAUGGCUUGUUUGAGUAUAUGUUUGAGAGCAGGAAAAAAUAAUGUACACGUGUUUUGUUAUAUUUGCUUAAACUAAAGUUUUCCAUUUAGUAAUUUUUUAGUACUUUGGAGGACAAUUUCUCCCAAUAGGUUGAGUUUGGGCAGCUAAAAAAAAUACGUGUCCGUUAUUUUAGACUACUCUAUAACAUAUAUAAAUAUAAAUCAAAUCGGAACCGGACAGUUGGGUACCUGUCCUUGUUAGUAUAUAUUAUGCCGAAGCGAUCGACAUCAAAAUCAAAGUGAUGUGUCAAGAUAAGUUAGUGGAAACCGUUUUCACCCGUAAUAGAAUUUCAUAGAAAAAGUAUCGUUAUUUCGUUAAGAUCGCAAAGAUACCUUCCCUUCUUAGGGCCUGUUUCACAUUGUCCAAAUAAAGUCCUGAAUAAGCUACUUGCCACUUAUCUGACGAAUAAAGUCAUCGUUGGCGUUUCACAAUCUUUAAAUAAGCUUAACUGGUAGAUAAAGUUCCAAUUUUUUUCUGACACUCAAUUUAUUUGUUAAUUAGCUACCCGACACUUUACUCAGACUUUGUGAAACAGGCCCUUAAGGAAAAGACGAUUUGAAAAUGGAUUCUUAUGUCCCUAUAAAAUGUACUUCAAAUCUACUAAAGGUCCUAUUGAUUUAGUAAUUUAAAUUUUCGUGUACAAUUAGUGUAGGUAGGUACUUGUUCAAUAAAAUGACUGUUUUAUAA